CUCAUUGGAAUAAUUUAUAACAUGUCGUUGAUGUUGCUGACAACCCGUAUCAACUAGUCUGCUUGAGAGCUACUGCAUUUUUGUGCAUUCGCCUCCGCACCCGUGCCUACCACAACACAAACGCUUAACGAAAAGAGCGAAUCUUCAACGCACGACAAAAAGGCCCCAGUCCCAGCGCAAGCAAACACACAGGCUACGUGGCCAUGGCUCCAGCUCAGCUUAUGUCCUCGCUGCGACAACCAGCGCGUUCAUUGCGCGCACAUGGGAAACCCUGCGGCUGCCGCUGCCAGGGACGAGCCCGGCUGGUCCCGACCGCGCAACACCCGAACCCGCCUCCUCAGCCUCCCUCCACCUCCUCCGCUUCCACAGCACCUCCCUCCUCCUCCCCUUCCAUCUCCCGGCGCGCCGCGCUCGGCACUGCCGCCGGCUCGCUGCUCCUCUCCACCUCUGCGGCCUCUCUGGGUCCCCUGCUGCUGACUUCUCCCGCCUCCGCGGCCGCCGUCACGGGCCGGCCUGACCCCGAGCUGGGGUUUGAGCGGCGUGUGUCUGAGUUCACACUGCCCAACGGGCUGCACUUCAUCGUGCUGCCGCGGCGCAAUGCGCCCGUGGUGUCCUGCCACACCUACGCCAACGUGGGCGCCUGGAAUGAGGCUGCGGGCAGCACGGGCAUGGCGCACCUGCUGGAGCACAUGGCCUUCAAGGGCACUCCCCGUGUGGGCACUGUGGACUUUGCGCGGGAGGCGCCGCUGCUGGACGCCCUGGAUGAGGCCUUCUACGAACUGCGGGACGCCAAGGCUGCGGUGGCUGCGGGCGGUCCGGGCAGUGCGGGACCCACCCGGGUGGCCACACUGCGGGCGAGGCUGAGGUCGCUGCAGGACCAGGCGGCGGCGCUGACUGUGCCCAACGCCUUUGGCGCGGCGCUGCAGCGGGCGGGCGGCGUGGGCCUGAACGCCACCACCAGCCACGACCAGACGCGCUACUUCGUGUCGCUGCCCGCGAACAAGCUGGAGCUGUGGAUGGCGCUGGAGGCGGAGAGGUUCAGGGCUCCUGUGUUCCGUGAGCUGUACAGCGAGAAGGCGGUGAUUGAGGAGGAGCGGCGCCUGAGGGUGGACAACACGCCCAUGGGCAGGUACCAGCAGGAGUACGCGCUGAGCGCUCUGGCCAACAACUACCGCCGCCCGGUGAUUGGCUUUGAGGAGGACUUCGACGCCAUUGGCAGGAGGGAGGUUCAGGCCUUCUUCGACCGCUACUACGGCCCAGCCAACCUGACGGUGGCGGUGGUGGGCGACGUGGAGCCGAGCGAGGUCAGGAGGCUGGCUGAGCGCUACUGGGGCGACUGGCGGGGCCCGGCCGGGUACACCGUGCUGCCGCGGGGCCGGCCCCUGGCGCCCACACCUGCAGCGGCGGAGGCGGAGGCGGACGCGGCGUUCGGGCACGCAGACCCUAGACCAGAGGCCUUCCUCACCGGCGGCCGCACCUCCAUGCGCCAGGCUGCCCGCUCCGGCCCCGCAGUGCUGCUGGGCUACUACCGCCCGCCCAUCACCAGCCGGGAGGGGGUGGUGCUGGAGGUGGCGGCGGACGUGCUGACAGGCGGCCGCACCAGCCGCCUGGUGUCCAGCCUGGUGCUGUCGGGCCGCGCGCUGGCCGCCUCCGUGGUCAGCGGCUACCCGGGCGAGAGGAGGCCGGGCCUGGCGCUGGUGUACGGCAUUCCCAAGGACGGUGACAGCCCUGAGAAGGUGGCGGCUCUGCUGCAGGAGCAGCUGGCGGCGCUGGCCGAGGGCGGCGUGGCGGGCGGCGAGCUGGGCCGGGUGGUGCGCAGCAGCCGGGCGGGGCUGCUGGGCGCGGCGCAGAGCAACAGCGCCAUGGCGGCGGCACUGGCCAGCUACCACGUCAGCACGGGUAGCUGGCGGGGGCUGGUCCAGGAGCUGGAGGUGGUGAGCCAGGUGCAGCCGGCGGAGGUGGCGGAGGUGGCGGGGCGCGUGUUUGCACCCGACAACUGCUUCACGGGAUACGUGCUCAAGUCGUGAGGGUGCAAGAAGGGUGAGGGAGGGGGUGGGUGAAGGCAGCAUGGGAGGGGUGGCGUGAAGGGGGGUCACUGGGUUGUGAGGUACAAGUGAGCAGUGCCGGGCGUUCAUGGUGCAGGCGUGGGCUGCAGGUGUUGCUGGUGUUGCUGGUAAGAUGGUUAACUUAUUGGUGUGGUUGUGGGUGGCCUUGCAGGGUGAAGAGGACCUAGAAGAAGUGUUGCAGAGGGACGGACUACUGGGGGCUAAAGGUCGCGACGGGGGCGGUGAACUGUGUGUAUGCCAUGGUGGCAAACUGAAGGCCGUCAAUAGCUGACAACCGUGGAUGCAAUAGCUAUGUAAAUCAAACAAAAG